UAGUAUUCUGUGCUAUAUAUUUCCGUUGAGUUCGAAAAUAAAAAUUUUAAUAUUAAAAGUAAUAAAAUUAAAAUUAAUGGAAAUUCAAGAAGAAUUUAGAAAGUGGCUUCGUAAGAUGGGCUAUAAUGGGGAAAUACCUAACGGAUUAAUAAGUGUUUGCAACAACUCCACUUAUUUUAUUUGGGAACAGCUUCUACAAAACGUGAAACCAAAGCAAGAGGUUGAGCAUAUCAGAAGAAACAUUGUCUUGAAUCGCUUACAACAAAAAAGUUUGGAUAGACAGGAUGAUUUUUUAUAUAAAUCUAAUGAAAUAGACUGCUUUAGGAGGAAACAAAAACUAGAACAACAAGCAAAGGUGAUUAAAGAGGCGAUAAAUGAAAAACAAAAUAAACUUGCAAUAGUGUCCCAGCAUUAUAAACUACAAAGUGCGUCCAUAAAUUUUUUGAAACAAAAAAUCAGUGAAAAUGAACAAAGAGAAUUUAUUUUGUUAUUGAAGGAAAAGGAUUUAAACAGAAGAUUGCAACAAGCUGAAGAGUUAUCCGUUAAUAUAACUGUCACCCCUGUUGAAGUGGAACAAACUGUGGAUUCCCAGCAUGUAAAAGAACUAUUAGAAACAUGUGCCAAGAAAUUAAAAAAAAAUGUUACCGAAGAAUUUAAUAAAUCAAUACAGUAUCAAAAGAGUUUUGUACAAUCUACACAAUCAUACUCAAAGAAAAAAAUGCCUAAUAUUUCAUCUUUAGAAACUUACAUUGACAGGCAAGGGAAGGAUCACUUUGAACAACUUCGGUUUAGCACUAAAAAGCACACAUGCCAAGAAGACGAAAAUAUUGCAGUAAUUGGUAAACAUCAUCGGUCUAUUAAUGUAGAAUUGUUUAAGACACCAAAGAUUAUUAUAAAAAAGGGGGGAGACCAAACCUUAACUCAUUGCCCAACAAAUUCAAGUCCUGCAAUAACGGCAGUUGAAAAGCGAGAAUCAUUGGGGAUUCUUCAUGAAUCUUACCUUACAGAAGUAGAUGAUGAAUUAUUACAGAACAGUCAUGCACCAUCAGUUGAGGAUGUGUUCCUACCAUUAUCAACAUUUAAAGAUGAAGUUAGCCGUGACUCAUCAAUUACACAUCAUAAUACUCAACCAGCUUUUAAGCAAUAUGAAUUGAAAAGAAUACUCUAUAGUGAUACAUUUGUAAAUGAUAACCUGCUCAAAUUGCAAAACAGCUGCAAUAAAGAGAUUCUUUAUACCAUUUUGCAGAAGGUCAUGGAUGAAACUAAAAUAGAACUCACAAAAAUGCUUUUAGGCAAUAGAAGUUUGGAUGCCAGAAAGAAAACGAUCAGUGAAGAUGAUAUAACAAAAUUGUUCUAUAUUCAUGUUCAAACUGAAAUAAAAAUAAUAAAACAAAAAAAUGUUAUUAAGGAUUUGUUGAGAAAAAGCACAGGAUCAAAAUUUAUGUUGUUGAAUGCAAUAAAAUCCAAACCAAACUUACAUGAAAUACAGGAAUGGCUUGACAUGAAUAUUCAACAAGUUGGGUUGGAAGCUUCUUUAGUUGCAUUGAGAAAAGAAAUUGAAUCUGUAAACAUUAUGACUGACUCUAAUGACCUACAGAUUAUUAGCAUGAAAAUAAGCAAAACUAAAGAUGAACUGGCCAACAAAAUAGUUGAGAUAAAUUUUUUUAUAGAAGAAAUGUACAAACUGGAGAAAUUAAUUUGUACUUCUCUUGAACAAGCUAUGAACUCAAUCUGGGAUUUAAGAUUAUACAAAAAUGAUAUGUUUUGGGUAAAACCUUUGAGCGACGCACUGUGGUCAACAGAGGUAAAGUUAUCAGAGUCCUUUCCAUUGGAAUAUCAGAGGAGAUGCACUUAUUCAGAUCCAAAAACCUUCUAUAGAGAUUUGUGUAUUGAUAAUUAUGCCUCAGAUAUUGAGGUAAGCAUGGAAGUAUUCCAAAUGAUUACUGCAAUAAUAGACAGUCCAUUUAAUCCUCCAGAAACUGUUUUACUAAGCGUUAUAAAAUCCAAAAUAAAAUUAGAAAAACUCAAUUCACUAAGAAAAAUGAAGAAAUGGAAAAACCAAUGUCUCCUACAAGCAAAUUCCCUUGAAGAAGUUGAACGGCAGGAAAGUUAUGUUAAUUAUGCUCUAGAGAAACUGCAGUCAAUAAUUUACUCCAAAAGUGCUUGUGAUACCUUGUCCACAGGAGAUGUCAUAAAGAAGUACAUAGACAUAUGGACUGAAAUGCCAAUGAAGAAUUUUAUAUCCCCAAAGAGGCUUCUAAAUGGUCAAUCUUAUCAUUUUUAUGAAAAAAAACUUAAGACUUUCUGUAUAUCAUAA